AUGCUGCCAGGAUUCGGGCUCCCUGUCAAUCACGUUCCUCAAAAAGGGGACCCUGAAUAUAUCGAUGACCUGUAUUGCAGUGCUUUGAGUCCUGGCAAUUUAUACCACGGCUUUAUAAAUCAACGACUCACAACCUUACGCGAGUUUACCAUGAUGCAGUUAAUGAACACCAUCACAGACAAACCUGGUUGGCAAAUCAAGGUGUAUGACCCAAAAAUCUCCUACAAGUGGAAGGAAGAAGCCCUUUCAUCGGGGAAGGAUAUAUCCUCGAAAAUGGUCGACUGGUGCAUUGACGAACUUCGUUACAAAGCCUCUUUGAUUCCGGAUUCUGCGCCCCAUCCACCUCCUAUAGUUGUUUAUAACGGCGACGUAGUCAAGUCAGAUUAUGCCGUGUCACCUGAACUCAAAAUCGAGCUUCAAAAUGCAGUGAAAGCCUUCGAAGAUAAGAUCCCAGAACACCUGAAAGACUGGCACCCUGACUCCGAUGAGAAGGUGCUCGACCUUGUCCACCCAUCGCUCUACCCACUUGUGUAUGGUCUCACGCGCGUGCUCCCCGAUGGCCAAAUAACGACUCUAGACGAUUGCAUCCAACGCAGCGGACAAGGUUCUAAGAGUAUAGACAAUCCCCGAGGAAUCUUCGGCCCAUAUCGAAGUCCUUACAGUGCGAAAUUCCAAUGGCUACCUUGCGAGGUCGAUAUUUCAGGAGAAGAAGCAAGGAUAACAUCCUAUAUCAAUAACCUCCACCCUCAAGAAGACAAACCUCUGUACAAACUUAUAUCCAAAUUGAUAACCGUUUCCAUUCCCCUGUGGAAUCUGACUAUGGCCCCUCUACGGAAAGGCGGUUGGGGAGGUUCGCUAUUCCUUCACUCACCUCGCAUCCAUUAUAACAAGGUUGUUUAUGACCCUGACCCUGCAAACUGGCCCGAGCAAGAAGGCCCUCAGCCUGAUCAUGAGGAAGGCGAAGACAGAGACGAUGACAUGUACCUCCAAAGAAGACAAGCAUGGAUUGAAAGUACACGACGAAUUGUAUUGCCUGAGCCUGGUGUCUUCAAACCUCUGCCAUCGCCCCCGCCGUUUAGCCUUAAAGAUAAAUACGGAGCUCGAGGUCUCCAGGUCAUCGUCAAACUAGCCAAUAUUGAACUGACACCCGAUAAGCCAGAAUAUAAUGGCGGAUCAUGGCAUAUCGAAGGUCAAAUGAACGAGCACAUAGUUGCAACUUCAAUUUAUUACUAUUCUUCCUCUAAUAUCACCACUUCAUCCCUCUCCUUUAGGCAGCAAUGUUGGUCCAACAUCGAUUAUGACAUUGACUACCCUGUCGGAAGUGACUACGAGUGGCUCCUCGACAUAUUUGGCUGUGAGCGAAAUGAACCUACAGUCCAAUUCGUAGGCUCAGUAAUGACACCAGAAGGUCGCCUCCUCACAUUCCCGAAUAUACUCCAACACCGUGUCGAACCUUUCAAGCUCGAAGACCCGACCAAACCGGGGCACCGCAAAAUUGUCGCUCUUUUCCUGGUCGACCCAAACAUCAAAAUUAUUAGCACCGCAAAUGUCCCAUGUCAAAGGGCGGAUUGGGUUUUGAAUGCAGACUCGUCGAGUGCUAGAUCAGAAGAUGGAUUUCCUAUCACUGAGGACGCAGCGAAAGAUCUUAAGCUGGAGCUUAUGGAGGAGCGAAAAGAGUUUGCGGUAAACCAUGGAAUAGCGUUCGAGGCAAUGACAAUUUCUCUCUGCGAACACUAA